AGUCAAAGAAGUACAGGAUGAAUGCAGAGGAGCCAACUCUGUAGUCUAUAUGCGACGGGACUACGGGAGCGAGGAGAUCAGCCGAGAAGCAGACUGGGAGAGAGGUGUUAGAGCGUUAAGAGUAUCAGGGAGCCAUGGAUGUCGCAGCAGAUCUGCAGAGGGUGAUCGACAUUCUGAGCUCGGCGCGCAUGGAGAGCCAGAGCCGGCUGCUGGAAUUGGACGCCCUGCUCGGCGCAGUGCGUGACUCCAUCGCGCGCUUCCCCAACAUCAUCAACAAUAUCAUCGACAGGCGAGAUAAAUGCCUUGUGUUGGCAACAUGUGGAGAUUAUGAUCGCCGUCUCGAGGAAGCGAGAAGAUUGUUCGCCCACCUUCGCGGCGAGCUUGAGGCAAUCCUGAGCAGGCAGGUGGAACCAGAUUCUUGGUAUCAGGUAACCGCUCUCCACAUUAGCAACCUCUUCUUUCGCCGUGCCACCGUCCGUGAGCUUAGGAGUUUGUUGAAGAAGCUUGCGGGGCUAGAGGAAUCACUUGCCUCCGUGCCAGAGUCUGGAGAGAGUAUGGACGAAGACUUGUAUCCAGUAGGAACCUCGACGAACGAUGUGGGUCCCGACGACUAUGUCAAAAGUCCAAUGGUGGGGAGAUCAGAGCUGGCGGAGAAGAUGCUGGGGAGGAUGUUGCUCGCCGACGGCGAGGAGGAGGAGGGCGACGGGCCGCUGGUUUUACCGAUAGUGGGAGGGCCUGGGAUGGGAAAGACAUAUCUAGCCCGGUUCCUAUUCAACGACGAUAGGGUCAAGCAGGCGUUCCAGGUGCGGCAUUGGGUGCAUCUCUCACCACAUUUUGAUCUAUCUGAGGGUGUCAGUACGAUUACAAGCAGCUGGUUGGUCGAUAGGAAGGAUGGGCCAUCCUAUCUGCAACAAGUAAUUUCCAGUGUUCUAAGAGGAGGAGCGAAAUACUUGGUCGUCCUGGAUAACGUGUGGAAUGUUGGCCAGCACGACUGGCCUGAAUGGGACAACCUUAUGCUGGCAUUCCCCCCAAAUGGCAGGAUCCUUCUCACCACACGAACUCCCUCUAUCAUACCACGGACGGCCGUCGUCAUGCGAACCACUGAGGCUUACUUCUUGCAACCACUGGACCAGGAAUCCUCCAAACACGUCAUGGACAUGUACCUUCCCCCUUAUCACGAGUACGGUAUCAAGUUGGUCGAAAAAUGUGCCGGUGUGCCUCUGCUGUUAGAGUACACAUCAUUUCUUAUACUUCAAAGGGACCAGCUAACUCUGAUCCGGUGGAAAAGAGUUCUGGAAGGUUCUUGGAGGAUUCAACAAGAGGAAGAACUGACUGAUGUCUUUCAGAGAGCUUAUGCCAGUUACCAGCAUCUCUCGUCCGAAUUGCGGAAUUGUUUUCUUUUUUGCUCGCUGUUCCCAUUGGACUUCAACUUCACUGCUGAAGAACUGGCUGAUCUUUUUGCUGCCAAAGGCUUUAUACCGUCGACCGUGCCUGAAGCCCAACGAAUACGAUUCCUCCAACAGUUUCUUGAUGAGUGCUUUUAUCCGGUGGAAGAAUAUGAUCAUGGAGGUAGGCAUAUGUACAGGAUGCACAAGAUAUUGCACAUCUUCGUGCAAUAUGCAGACAGAGUUUCCAGCUCAAUCAUCAGAGUUGGUCAGUUCAAUGCUGUUCAAGACAUUAUCUUGUCUACUCGGAGUGCAUCACUGCUCGUUCAUCCUUCCACGGAAUCGCUGCCAAUUUGCAUGUCCCAAUUGAAGAUGUUAAAGACAUUUAUUUUGCUACAGGAAGGGAAAACGUGCUCAUCUGAUCGGCAGUGUGAGAUCAAACAGAUUCCCCAAGAAUUGUGUCAAACACUUCGACAUCUUGAAGUCCUCAGUUUAGAAGCCACUAAGAUCAGGAAGCUCCCUAAUAAAUUCGACCUACUCUUCCACUUGACAUUUCUCAACCUAUCAGGGACAGAUAUCAGAGUCAUCCCCAGCUCAAUAUCCAAACUACAACUUCUGCAUACUCUGAAAUUAUCCUACUGUGGAAAGCUCCAAAAACUGCAUCGAAAUAUAUGCAGGCUUUCUCGGCUACACAAGUUAGACCUUGAAGGAUGCCGCUAUCUUUCUGAAUUACCUCAGAACAUCAGUAAAAUUAAUAGCCUUGAGUAUCUUAGUGUUCUUGGAUGUGCAUCACUUACUCGAAUGCCUCACAGAUUCGGAAAUCUUAAAAACCUUCAGACAUUGCUAGGGUAUGUUGUUUCAAACAGCAAUGUAGUUAUGCUGUCAGAGCUGCAACCUUUGGCAAACCUGCACAGGCUAAGCUUAGAAAGACUUGAAAAUGUUUUGGAUCUGAAAGAUGCAAGAGAUGCCAUGCUGCAAGAUAAGCUAGAACUCGAAUCAUUGGCACUGAGGUGGAACAUGGAUACUGAACAUGCCAAUACAGCAGCCUAUGAACUAAUUGAGAUUCUUCGACCGCCACAACAGCUGAAAGAGCUGGAGCUUGUUGCGUAUGAAGGUGAUAAGCUUCCAUCUUGGAUGACACACACCGAACCAUAUCUUAAAUCUCUGGUUGAGAUAAGACUGAUUAAUCUCACAGAAUGUAAAUCCUUACCUCCUCUGGGGAUACUACCACGUAUGAGGAUAGCCGAGAUAAGUGGAGCUGAAAGUAUCACCUGCAUUGACAACAAUUUCUAUGGUCACAAUGGCACAUUCCCCUCUCUGGAGAAGUUAACUUUCUCUUAUAUGCAUAACCUUGAACUCUGGGAACAGGCAGACAGGACGGGUGCGUUUCCUUGUCUUGCAGAAGUGGAAAUUAUUCACUGCCCCAAAUUGAGUGCUUUGCAUAUGGAGCUUCCAUCUGUUGAAAAGUUGACCUUGUGGAUGAACAACAAGAUGUUAUAUGGUUCAAAAGGAGGCCUUAGAAGUGUGGCAAGAAAUCUGGAACAAAUAUCAAUCUGUUUUGGGGAAGAGCUGGAAUCUUCUUCUAACUUUGAGGGUUUGCAAGAUCUCGCCAGGCUCAAGAAGUUAAACAUAUGCGGGUGUCAUGAGCUGACAUGCCUCCCGCAAGGUCUGCAACAUAUUUCUUCUAUUAGAAGCUUGGCAAUUGACAAUUGCAACAAACUGGAGACUUUACCAGAAUGGUUAGAGCACCAACCUUCUCUCCAAGUUAUACGUUUGUCGGGCUGUCCUGCGCUACAUUCUAUUUCCGAAGGCUUGCUACGUGGCAACAGUAUCGAAAUACAUAUGAAUGACUGCCCCAAUUUGACAGAACAAUCAUCAGGAGGAUAUUCUACUACUCAAGUCAAGAAGCACAAAGAAAUCAUUCGGCUUGUUGAAGAAACCAUCAGUGAAGAUGACUAUACCAUCCUUGGAAACACCUUACUUGAAGAUGAUACUUAUCUAGAGGAGGCUUUUUUUGGUGCUCGAGUAGAUACUAGGAGGCACCACGUUUCCUAAUGUUAAUAGAACAUGGGCAUGUUUGGAUGUACUUAAUGUUAAUCUUAUUAAAACUAGCUGGGUGGCUCGCGCAAUUGUGCGGCUAGCACCCAUAUAAAAUUAUCUAUUUU